AUGGCUGUGGUUGCAAUUUUCUCCCUGGGGACCAAAGCUGACACUCAAGCUCAGAUCAUGAAGUGCCUAGGGCUGUCCCGUCGGGAGCUGCCCAUGAAUCUGAUCCAACAGUGCUUACAGUGUCUGCCCUACGUUCAGCACCAGCCGGAUGAUGAGCUCCAGCUGACUGCCAGCAGCCACCUGUUCAUCGGCAACAACCUGAAGCUCAAGCACAGAGUGUUGAAGAACCUCAAGCUGUACCACGCAGAACGCACGUCCACGAAUUUCACAGACACUAAAGAGGCAGUGCAGCAGCUCAGCAAGUAUGCAGAGAAGGACACCCAGAGAGAAAUCAUGGGCUUCAUCAAAGAGCAUAACAAAGAUGCAAAUCUAGUCCUCCUGAAUUACAUGAACUUUCAUGGAAAACUCAAUGAUGAAUUUCAGACAGUGAGUGUGGCGGACGAGAACUUCUACGUAGAUGAGAACACCACCAUCCAGGUGCCCACCUUGUACAGCUGGGGCAGGUUUUACCUGCAGCGAGACGAGCUCCUGUCCUGCUGGGUGCUGGUUCAGUUCUACGUGGGGAACAUCACUGCUUUCUUCUUGCUGCCUGACCGGGGAAUGAUGCAAAGGCUGACAGAAAGGUUAACCAUACAACACCUCGAAAAUAUCAGGAAAUUCAUCGACAUAAAGAUUUACCACUUACGUUUUCCCAAGCUGAACAGCAUCACAAUCAGCAACCUGAAUACCUUUCUGAAAAAAUUAAACAUCACCAAGUUCUUUGAAGAUGAGAAUAACUUCUGGGUGUCCAAGAUUCAGGAGGAACCAAAGACAUUUCCUGAGCUUCUGCAGCAGGCUGUGCUGACCAUGAGUGAGAACGGGACAGAAUUCGAAGCGAACGCUGACACACUAGUGGAAUACUCCUACAGGGACCUCACUGUCCGGUUCAACAGGCCCUUUCUGGUCAUCAUCGGCAUUUGGAACGACUUCAAUGUCAACAUCCCACUCUUCAUGGGAAAAGUGGUGAACCCCAAAAACAUCUCCAGCUCAAUUCCUAUGCCUCAGCCCCCACCACCCAGCCAUGUUCCCACCCCACCAAAGUAA